AAAUCGAGAUUUAGUAAAUGUCAGUUGUUUCAUAAUAAUACAGUACCGAGGCUUUAUUUUUGAUUGCUUUUAGUGUUUACAGAUAAAGUACAGCGAAUUAGUUUUUCUCCUUAAACACAGUGAAUUAGCAAAAUGUCGAAGGUGUUAAUGAUUCGGCAUCUACCAGUUGCAUUGUCUUUUCAAGAAAGACAGCAGUUAUUAAAACAUUUUGGUGCUGAAAAAGUCUGGCAGACUUCUGAAAGGCGUAAUUAUAUAUUUGCCUCGUUUGCCAGUAUCGACAAAGCAAAAGCUUCCCUGUUACGUCUUCAUCAACUGGAAAUUGCAAAUCGGAGGUUAGUAGUAGAGUAUUCCUUAGAAAAAGAACCUGUAAUACAGAAUUAUGACUCUGAACAAAGAUCAUCAGUUACCAAACAUAUUCAGGAUUUUUUAAAAGCACUGAAUGCUUGGAAUCCUUCAAUAGACUUCUACCAACCGCCUCCAGUUCAUUUAAAAUAUAAAUAUCCAGAAAUAACUAGUGAUAUUGUCGUUAAUAUUGUACAUGCUCUAUAUACACAUAAACCAUUUUACACACAGACUCUGCAUUUAAUGAAUAAGAUGUCACUGGAACUACCAUUUAGGGAAAGUGACGAAGCAGUUGUAGCUUUCAAGGAAACUUUUAGAAAAUACUUUUUCAAUGAAAUGCCAAUACCUGUGCCAGAACCUGAACCAGAACCAGAGAGUGAAAUUGAGUCUGAGUUAUCUGGUGAAGAAACUCAGCAGAAAACACAACCAGGGCCAACUUUCAAAAGGAAGCGUAAACUAGCAGUCCCCUUCAAAACAGCUGCAGCUGUAUUGUCAACUGCUUCAUUACCAAAAGCAAAAAAAACUAGUCAUCAACCCACCCAGGAAGAGGUAUUUGAAACCGUGACACCAAAACAAGGAAAGAAGAUAUCUGUGGUUGUCCACCAAGAUGCUCUACGGAAACCAACAGAAGAGCCAGAUGUGAUAGGAGAACUGGGAAAAUUUGAAAAAGAAGUCCAAUUGGAACAAGUUGAAGAAGUUGCAGAACCAGACCUCCCAGCCAUUACGAAGAAGGAACUCUUACGUAACAGAGUGUCAUACAGUGACAUGAAAGUUCUUCCUGUAUUUAAAAACUAUCAUCCUGGUGAACCAUCUAUGAGGCUUUAUAUCAAAAACUUAGCAAAAACGGUAACAGAUAAAGAUGUCAGUAGAAUAUACAGGCUGUAUAUAGAAAAGCUGUCAGAAGAGAAACAACAAGGAUUUGAUGUGAGAGUAAUGCAAGAAGGAAGAAUGAAAGGUCAAGCAUUUGUAACGUUUCCAUCUGUAAAUAUUGCUGAAAAGGCUCUCCAUGAAACCAAUGGGUAUUUGUUAAAAGAAAAACCAAUGGUUGUACAAUUUGCCAGAGUUGCUAAUAAAAAGACUAUAGAUUAACUAGACUUUCAUUUUUGUUUAACUAAUAUUUAGAUAGUGACAAGUU